CUAGCAAUCAAUGGCAUCCCGUUCGACGUACGAGCUUACUGGAUGCGAAGGGCAAAUCAGGCGCUUUCAGAUCUCGUUUCGCCAUGUCCGUUUGGAGCCUUUGGGACCGUGAUUGUGAAUCACACGGAUACUAGUGGUAUGGGCGAGCUCGUUUGCAUUGGGGCGAACAAUAUCAGUGCUACUGGCAAUCCGACCUUGCACGGAGAGAUCGCAGCUAUCAACAACUGCACAAACAUCCUCACAGAUCCGGACGGACCCUACAACCUCACGGCAAGCGAAGCACAAGACGCUUUCGCCAGCCUCUCGCUAUACACGAACGCUGAGAGCUGCCCCAUGUGCGCUUCCGCAAUCCGAUGGGCCGGCUUCAAGGAGUACAUCUACGGCACUUCGAUCGAGACCCUCAUCGAGAAAGGCUGGGGCCAAAUACGGGUGGCUUCGAUUGAGAUCUUUGAGAGGUCUUUUGAUCUCUCCAGCCCGAGUCGCUUGAUUGGAGAGGUCUUGACCAACGAGACUGACCCGUACUUCUUGUGGCAGUAUGAUCCAAGCUAUCCAUGUCCGAGUGGGUGUCAAAGG